AUGUCGCCUACAGAUAAAGAGAUAAAAGUGGCAGCAUUGACAAGACUAUUGCAAGAUAGAACCACAUAUAUUCAAGAAGUGGGAGAAAAAGAGAAAAGACUAAAAGACAUCAACAAACAUGAUGGCAAGAACAAACGUUCAGAUUCUGAUUCCAACGCUGAAAUACUUUUACAAGAGACAAAGAAUCUAAUUCAUUUGGUGGAAGCAAAGAUAAAGGAAGUUGCUACAGACCUACGGGGUACACCCAAUGGUGAAUCGGGUGAUGCGGUUAAUCGGUUAUUAUACGAAGCCGAUCGUUUUUGA